GAGAGAUAUGAAAAGCACAAAGCUAAUACUCCUCCAUCCCACAAUCCAAAAGCAAUCAUCUUCAAACACCAAUCGCUUGUGGCUCAUCCUCAUCAUCACCUUCUUCACCACCGCUUUCACUCUAAUCCUAAUCACCACCGCCGCCGCCGCCGCCGCCACAAGCACCGCCACGGGCUCUGCCGCCUCUUCAUUCCAGCUUCGACUUUCCAUAUCUAACGCCCUCCUUCACUACACUGCCAUUACCAACUCCACCCACAUGACGUCCACCAAGCUCGCCACUGUAACCGCCGCAAUUGCCCGUUGUGCCACCGCUGCCUCCCUCUGUAACCUCCUCAUUUUCGGCCAUACCCACGAGGCCCUCUUGUACACAGCCCUCAACUUCAACGGCCGCACCGUCAUCCUUGAUGAGGACGAGCACCUUAUCUUGAGGUUUGAGCAGCAACACCUGGGAAUCGAGGCCUACGACAUGAAGUACUAUGAGAUGAGGGUCAGUGAAAUGAAGAGGCUGCUCGAGUCAGCUAGAGGCAAGUUCUGCGGCGAGUGCCGGCCAGUGCAGAACCUGCUCUUCUCGGAAUGCAAGCUCGCAUUGAACAGCUUGAGGAAUCACGUGUAUCAGUUGAGUUGGGAUGUGAUACUAAUCGACGGGCCGAGCGAGUACCAUGAAGCGGCCCCAGGGAGGAUGUCGGCGAUAUUCACAGCGGCUGUGCUGGCCAGGAGCAAGAAGGGCAGGGCAGCGGAGACGCACGUAUUCGUGCAGGACUUCGAUAGGGAGGCGGAGAGAGGUUAUAGCGACGAGUUCUUGUGCAGGGACAACUUGGUGGAGGUUGUUGGUAAGCUUGGGCAUUUUGUUGUGGAGAGAGCGAGUGAUGAGAGAUUAACGACUGAGUUUUGUAGGGUUUCGGCUUUGGCCAAUUCAUCUUCGUCGUCAACAUCAAUGGCGUAAUUGUGGGAUUCACAGGUGGUUGACAACAAGGAUGAUGAUUGAGCUGGGGAUUGUUACUAAUAUUUUUCUCCAAUCUUUUAGAUGCCAUGUAAUGACCAAAAGUAUU